UCAAGAUGCCUGAACUUGCGAAGCCUGCGCCCAAGAAGGGUUCCAAGAAAGCUGUGACCAAGACCGCCACCGGUAAGGGAGGCAAGAAGAGGAGAAAGACCAGGAAGGAGAGCUACGCCAUCUACAUUUACAAGGUGAUGAAACAGGUUCAUCCCGACACUGGAAUCUCCUCCAAGGCCAUGGGCAUCAUGAACUCCUUUGUGAGCGACAUCUUUGAGCGCAUCGCUGCUGAGGCAUCUCGUCUGGCUCACUACAACAAGCGCUCCACCAUCACAUCCAGGGAGAUUCAGACCGCCGUGCGUCUGCUGCUGCCUGGUGAACUGGCCAAGCACGCUGUGUCCGAGGGCACCAAGGCUGUGACCAAGUACACCAGCUCCAAGUAAACUGCUCUGCUGCUGCUGCAGUCAUCCAACACAACGGCUCUUUUAAGAGCCACACACUUAAUCUGAAAGAGCAAACCGUUCACCCUCCUCAAUGCCUCAAGUCUGAAAGAGCUAAUCUUUGAAAAUUGACAGACGGUUGUCUUUUAUUAUGAAAGAUGUGAUUGUCAUCUUUUUAAAUGAGAUUACUAUUGUUUUUCUUCAGUGAAGACGAUGCAAGGGCAUAUUGUUUAUAUCAUG